AUGUUGAACCCCUGGGCCGGUGAAUACGGUCAACUUUGGAAUCUUUCCUCCAAGCGUCGUUGCACAGGUGUUGAAGGCAGACUCGGCAUUGAGCGUAUGACUAGCAUCCGACCAUCGGCGUCUUCACUCAUAGCCAAAUCUAGGCUCACCACGGCCGCGUUCUCCGCCCUUUUCAAGGUCACGUCAGCCGACGAGUGGACGACUCUUCCGCCCUCGUCGCAACGAGCAGGCUGUCUCGGCCAUCGUCAACGAUGGCCCUGCCGCCCAUCAAUUUCCGUUUGA